GUACAAUCCCCGUCCGACUCAUUUCCAUGGCUUUAACCGGCUACUACAAGACGCUUAUUCGGCCGCGGGCGCAUCGUCCGCUUAGUAUGUUGAAGUAUGAUCCUGUUGGGUGGGGCUUUUGGGAUUGGGGUUGCAGUGGAGGGGGAAGAGGAGAGGGGAUGAGAAGAGAGGAUGCACACAGAGGAUGUGAAAUUGAGAGUGAGGAGAAUGCGAUUGAGGAUCCGCGAACUGGGAUUCCUACCUAUGAUUGA